AUGGAUACUUCUACGAAAAUCUAUCUUGCUGUUGUCAUCAUAGCAUUCUUCAUUGUUAAGAAAGUGAAUGAACAGUCUAAAGAGAGUUCGAAAGUGAAAAUAGUAGCUGAAGAGAAAUCUAAGAGCUUAAGUGAGGGUGCAGUUGGCUCUAAAAUAAUCAAGAAGAAAGUAACUCAAUCGUCUAUUGAAGUUAAAGACGAAAAUGGAGAAACAAUUGAUGGAACUUACGAAUUAUCGGAAGAAGAGGAGACAAUAACACCAAGAAAAAGACCAGUGACAAAGGGAAUGAUCGAAAUUGUUCAAACUAUGGCUCCAAAUUUGAGUGUAGCACAAAUCAAACAUAGUCUUGAGCAAACCGGCUCAAUUGAAAAGACGAUGGAAAGCGUCCUAAGAGGUGAUGAUUUUACUUUACCUGGUCAAGACCAAAAAUUAGAAUGA